AUGGCCAAGUUGGUAAGGCACCUCACUAGUAAUGAGGAGAUCGUCAGUUCGAAUCUGGCUGAAGGCAUAAAUCGGUCAUUUCUUUUUUCCAAAUUGCUCAAGUUCAAUUCUUGGCGCUAA